AUGUCAGUUACUCUACAUACAGACUCUGGUGAUAUCAAGAUUGAAGUAUUCUGUGAGAAAUGUCCAAGAACGGCAGAGAACUUCUUAGCACAUUGUGCUAUGGGAACUUAUACUGGAACUAAGGUUGUACGAAAUAUCAAGGGCUUUAUGGUACAAUUCGGCGAUCCAACAAAUACCGGCAAAGGUGGUGAAUCAAUAUGGGGAGGAAAGUUUGAGGAUGAAAUACGACAAGAUCUCAAACAUGAUUCAAGAGGAACUGUGGCUAUGGCCAAUACUGGGCCUAACACAAAUGGUUCACAGUUUUACAUUACCUAUGGUAAACAUUCCUCCUUAGAUGGGAAAUAUACGGUGUUUGGUAAGGUGCUCAUGGGAGCCGAGAAUGAACCUGGUGCUACAUUGUCUAGAAUUGAAAACGUUUCAGUCGACAAGAAGAGCAGGCCAAAGGUGCCUAUAUAUAUCAGGGACGUAACCAUCCAUGCGAAUCCGAUAGCCUCAAGACAGAAAUGAUAGACACCAGUGAGUUUGCUUCUGUUACAUGAAUAGAUAAAAAGAUAUCAGACGCUAUAAUUUGAUUCGCAUAUGUACAAGCUUGGUGUCUAAAACUCAAUGAGUAGCCACUUGGUCAUCUGGUUUAGAGUCGCUUUGGCUUUCUUGAAAAGUUCAAAGGUUGAGUCUCUGUAACUUUUCUCUUCUUUGCUUCUGUGAAUAGCACUCUUUGUUUUACUGUUGGCUGGUUGUUAGUCAUACUUCCAAUAUCAACACCUACAAAUUAGCAAUAACUUACCAAGAGGAUCAUAGCGGAUCUGUGUAACCAUUGGUGCACCACGAUUCACCAAAAUGUGCUUUCUAUAUCCAGUAGCAGCUGA